UUUUUACUUAGUUUUUACUUUGUUUUUACUUUGUUUUUGAGCAGUAUCUCUUGUUUUUACUUACUACAAAGUUAAUCUAUAGAAUAGCUGUUUAGACAUAACUAAAUUUGUCAGCAAAGCCUUUGUAUCACCGUGGGACAGGUUUGAGCACUUGGUUAAACAGAGGUGGUCAUAUGUUUAUGAAGAUUUUUAUGUUAAGUUGAUACUUAUUUUGUAUGACUGGAGGCUUGGGUAUUUCUAAAAGGUAAAUAUUUUUGUACUUGUGAACUCCUUGGUAACUUAACACCUAGUUUUCCCUUUUUAAAUAAGAGAAAGAGUUGUGUUGGGUUUUGUUUUAAAUACCUUGUUUUAAUCGGUCUCAUUUUUCUUACUUGAUCUUAAGCUGGUGUCACAUUUUAGUGUUUUUAAUGACACAUUUAAACAAAGAAAAAUCUUUCACAGUAGUGGAAUAACUUUCUGAAAAGUACAUGAUGUUCUUACAAGACUUUAUGGUGCCUGAGCAUGGUAAAAAACAAGAAAAGGAGAUUGCUUCACUGAUGAAGCAUUUGCAAGGAGAAUACUCUGCGAGUAUCUUCCCCAGGCUCACAGGGGGAUUUCUGAAGAAACCCAAAGAGCAAUGGUCUGUGGAAGAGCCCAACAGGGGUGAAUCUGGAGUGCCAGUUUCUGGCCAGUUACUAUUCUUUUAAUUGUAAAGCUGAAGAAAACAGCACUGGUUUAGUAGCUGUUGGCAGGAAUUAAAUGUAUUGCUAUGAGCUAUUUAAGCUUCUCCCUGCAAUCUUCAGCAGGAAAGGCAGGAGGGAAGCACCUGCAGGAUUGCUCCCACUGACCAUACGGGCUGUUGCACUGCAUCUCAACUGUCACCACUGUCACCUUGGGUCUCUCUGUGCAACCUUUGAUCCUGGGCUGGUUAACUGGAUGUGCUAAAGCAUAUAUGAACUGUAGUAAUUGCCACUCAUUCACUUCUGUCUUCAUGGUAAUAAAAGUGUGCACUGGCAUUGUAUAACCUGCUUUCUGUGUGGAGUGCAAUUGUAGAGGAAGACUCCUCACUUUAACACUUCGGGCAAAGUGUAAAAAGGUAGUUUAAAAUGUACUUAUUACGCAUAAUGUAUGAAAAUAUCCAGACCCCAACCAAGCUCAAGGAUGAGUUUGAGGUUUAACUUCUAUUAUGUCUAUUUCACACUUCUGAGACUUUUCACACCCGGGUGAUCCCAACAGGGAAAGAAAGCUCUUUUAAACAGAAGCAUUCAAAAAUGCUGUAAAAGUUAUACAUUUGGCUUUUAUCAAUUAGAGGUGGAGUUAUCAGCCAAAAAAGCCUGGUCGGGAAUGGGAUUUAGCCCAACGUUGGCGGGCAGCGCUCCUGCCUGCAGCGCUCUGUGCACCGCGGGGCACACCGCGCUCGCCUCUUCCAGCCCUUGCUAUCAACACAAGCCCAGGCGCUGCCCGGAGCCAGUCCCGGCCUCUCCCUGCGGUCUCUGCCCGGCUGCAGGCGAGGCGCGGCGGGGCUCGGAGCGCUGGAGCCGGCGCCUGCCCUGGUUCGCCUCGGGCCGAGCCCCCGCCGCGCCUCCGGGCGGGCGCAGGGCAUGCCGGGAGCCGCCUGCCCCCGCUGAGGCUGCCGCGCCGGGCCGGGCCGGGCAGGGUGGCGACGGCGGCAGCGGCUCCCCGGCGGCGGCAGUCAGCGGCCGGCUCCACCUGAGGGGCCUCCGCCUGCAAACCCCACCCCCGGCCGCUCCCCCGCCGGCGAGGCCCGGCCCAUGGCGAGGCGCUCGCCGGGCUGCGCGGCGGCUCGGGGCGGCCGCUUCCUGCCCGCGCCAGACCGGCCCGCAGGUAGCGGCGGCCGCAGCUCGCCAUGCGCGACUACGACGAGGUGACCGCCUUCCUGGGCGAGUGGGGCCGCUUCCAGCGCCUCGUCUUCUUCCUGCUCAGCGCCAGCAUCAUCCCCAAUGGCUUCAACGGCCUCUCCAUCGUGUUCAUGGCCGGCACCCCCGAGCACCGCUGCGCCGUGCCCAGCGGGGCCAACCUGAGCGAGGAGUGGCUGAACGCCAGCAUCCCGCUGGAGCUGCGGGGCGGGCAGGCGGUGCCGAGCCGCUGCCGCCGCUACCGCCUGGCCGCGCUGGUCAACUUGUCUGCGCUGGGGCUGCGGCCCGGCUCCGACGUGGAGCUGGAGUCGCUGGAGCAGGAGCCGUGCCGGGACGGCUGGGAGUACAGCCGCGACGUCUACCACUCCACCAUCGUCACCGAGUGGAAUCUCGUGUGUGACAAUGACUGGAAGGGACCCCUGAGCACCUCCCUGUUCUUUGUGGGUGUCCUGCUUGGAUCUUUCAUAUCGGGACAGCUCUCAGACAAGUUUGGCAGGAAGAAUGUGCUGUUUGCAACUCUGGCAAUGCAGACUGGCUUCAGCUUCAUACAGGUCUUCUCUACCAGCUGGGAGAUGUUUUCAGUGUUAUUCAUGCUGGUCGGCAUGGGACAGAUCUCCAACUACGUGGCAGCAUUUGUUCUUGGCACAGAAAUCCUUGGCCAGUCAAUCCGGGUGCUGUUCUGCACGCUGGGCGUUUGCAUAUUUUAUGCAUUUGGCUACAUGUUGCUGCCACUGUUUGCUUACUUCAUCAGGGACUGGCGGAUGCUGCUGCUGGCGCUCACUUUACCUGGGCUGCUCUGCAUCCCGCUCUGGUGGGUCAUUCCGGAAUCUCCACGGUGGCUGAUAUCCCAAGGAAGGUUUCAGGAGGCAGAAGAUAUCAUCCGAAAGGCUGCAAAAAUGAACGGCAUUACAGCCCCAGAUGUGAUACUGCACCCGAGUGAUCUGCAAGACCUGAAUUCCCAGAAGCAGCAGACAUACACCAUUUUGGAUCUAGUGAGAACCCGAAAUAUCCUCACUAUCACGAUUAUGUCAGUGAUUAUUUGGAUGAUCAUCUCUGUUGGUUAUUUUGGGCUGUCUCUUGACACACCUAACCUGCAUGGAGAUGUCUAUGUGAACUGCUUCCUCUCGGCAGUGAUUGAAGUUCCAGCCUACAUUAUUUCCUGGCUGCUGCUUCGCAAUCUCCCGCGACGGUACUCAAUGGCUGCUGCGUUAUUCUUGGGAGGCUGUGUUCUUCUCUUCAUUCAGCUCGUGCCUUCACAUAUUCGUCCACUGUCUAUUCUGCUGGUGAUGUUGGGGAAAUUUGGGAUCACAUCUGCCUUUGCAAUAGUUUAUGUUUACACGGCUGAGCUCUACCCAACAGUAGUGAGAAACAUGGGAGUUGGAGCGAGUUCCAUGGCCUCUAGACUGGGCAGCAUCCUCUCGCCUUACUUCGUUUACCUUGGUGCCUAUGACCGAUUCCUGCCUUACAUCUUGAUGGGGAGCCUGACUGUGCUGUCAGGAAUUCUGACUUUAUUUCUGCCAGAAAGCUAUGGUGUGCCACUUCCAGACACAAUUGAUCAAAUGCUGUUGGUGAAAGGAUUAGAAUACAGACCUGCAUCUAGAAACAAAAGGGGUUCCAAGGAGGAAGAAGAAAAUCCAGAGAUCUUUAAAAGCACAGUGUUUUGAUGGAGCUCCUGUGUACUUUACUGGUGGACUGAAAGUUAAAUGGACUUUUUCUUCUAAAAUGCAUUCUAGAAAGGGCUAGUGGCAACACUUCCUGUAAUUUUAACCUUAUUUAUUAAUUUAAACACUGUGUUCCAUACAUUCUCUUUUUAUAUGAGCAGAAGUAGUGUAUAGCCUGCAGUGAGAUUUGUCAGCCACAGCUGGUUUAAUAGAGCAGUACCAUGGAACAGUAUCUGAGCAAUCCUUUGUAACUUUAAGUGUAGUUCAACUGAAAGAUACUUGAAAAUGAGUUCAAGGGCUGGCAGGUACCUGGAUUCCUCAGUGACCCUUCCCCACAGCUAAUGCACAUCAAGGAGUCAAAAUUGCCAGAAAAAGCUGCUAAUUGGGUUUGAUUCCUUGACUUCUGUCUCUGGACAGGAAACUUAUUUAUUACAGUGGAGGUGAUGAGAACAUGCCCCUGAUCUCACUCAAAUGACUUUGCACAUGUUGAAUUUGUUACCAAAUUCAGGAAGAUGCAAAGAAAGAUUUUGAGAAUGAAUUGGAACUUGGUGUGUUCUCACUCAGCACAGAUGGAAAGGGUUGUCUUGCACAAACUGUUCGUAAGCGCUGAAGCUUUGCUCACAAAAUUCAUGUGAUUCCAAUGCUGGUUUUCAACUCUACCUGCAUGGUGAAGCUGUUUACAUCUGGCCCUGCCUGUGGCCUGCUUCCAGGCUGGAUUUACUUUAAAUGAUGCAAAAGGUUUCGUCUCUGUGUGGAGGGGAGCGGUGGUCUUUUGGGGUUGUUCUGCCUUGAUUGGUGGUGGAAGUUUUGUGUCUACGUUGUUUUAACGUCUUCUGUGCAAUUUGGAUGAUGGAAACAAUUCUGCUGUCCUUGUUCUGUGCUUUUCACACACGUGCACAUUCACACGCACACAAUUAAUAUGUUUAGAGCUAUGUUUUGUGUUAAUCUAUGCCACUGUAUUUGCCUCAUGGUGGAAUGUACUGAGAACAGACUUCAGAACGUGGUUCUGAGCACUGGCUCUCGAUUCUCAAGUGCCAACACUACAACUGCUGUGAGGUCUGUUGUUUCACUUAACUCUCAUGUAAUCAGUGAAUUGUUUUCAAAUUGCUUAAAGAAAAGAAAAAGAUCUUGUUGACAAUCUGCCAAGAAAUUGUUCAUUGAGUCGUGGGAGCACCCUUGGCAUUACCUGUGUUUCUUUAAAUACAUACAAUAUAUCUGUACACCCAGUCUCAUUUGUGCUAUUCUGAUUAUACUUUGACAGAUGUGAAUGGUGAAAGAUUUCUCACUUGUGGCAUUUGUCUGUGUUUUGUUCUGUCUUGUUGAGACUUAAUAAACAGAACCUAAACCUUUGUAGCCAAA